CUGGCAACCCGUACCGUUUUCCGACUGCGGCGACUGUGCUGAUGGAGUAAACAACCCGUGUUGAACGUCUCUACGACCAGCUAGCCUGAAUGAUCUUCGGGACUGACUUGUUCAACAGGAGCCAGACUCCCAGUUCCUUAUGGCUGUAUAUGAUGAGAACCUCCUGAAGAACCCUUUCUUCUUGGAGCUGGAGAGACAGAGACCGGACCUGUGCAUCCGAGUAGCAGAACUCCAUGGCAUUGUUCUGGUGCCUUGCUGUGGAAGCUUAAACCUCAGUACAUAUGAAGCGGCACAGUUUGACAGCUAUGUCUUACAGCCUGUCGAGGAGGGCUAUCAGACUCUGGAUGGGAAGGAGGUGAGCAUCUGUGACAAACGGGUGGUGCUGGGAGCAGGCUCCCAGGCCCCGGUCUCAGUUCCCAUCCUGUUUGAAGAGACCUUCUACAAUGACAAGGAACAGAGCUACAGCAUCCUGUGCAUGGCUAGACCCAUCGACACAGAGCAGUGCUCUGAAGAGAUGUCCCUGGAGCCCGCUGCCUACUGCCUGAGGAGCGUGGAGGAUGUCACAGAGUUCCUGGGCCGGCACGCCAGAAAGCUGGACAAGCUCGUCUCCAUGUUCUGCCACUCCUUCAAGGAGCCAGACAGGAAGGGACUGCGGUACCACAUUGAUACUGUUAAUGGACUUUAUACAAAAUGUCUUCAGUGCCUGUUGAGAGACUCUAAUCUGAAACUAUUGGCCAAACAGGAGCUUCAGAUGACCCUCCUCAAACAAGCGGUGGAGAUGUAUAUUCAUCAUGGUAUCCAUGAUUUAAUCUUUAACUUUGUGGGAACGCUUGAAGCCAGCCAGGACGCUGCCUUCAACAAAACAGCCAGAAGUCUGCAGGAUCUGCAGCAGAAAGAUCUGGGUGUCAAACCUGAGUUCAGUAUUAACAUCCCCAGGGCCAAGAGAGAGCUCAGCCAGCUCAACCUCUGCACCUCCCCACUCCUGAAGCUGCUCUGCCUCAGGAAGGUCAUCCUCACUGUCAUGCAGGCACCCAGCUGCACAGUCAGCAUAGAUGCCAUAUGUGCAGACGACCUCCUGUCAGUCAUUCUCUAUCUCCUGGUGAAGACGGAAAUCCCCAACUGGAUGGCCAACCUGAGCUACAUCAGAAAUUUCCACUUCAGUCACUCCAGCAAAGACGAGCUCAGCUACUGUCUAAGCACCUUUGAGGCUGCAGUCCAGUACCUUAGUCAAGCCAGCCUGAGCCACAUACACAGCGGUUCGGGAGACUUGAAGGACAAGGCCUUGUUCAGAGAGAAGAUGAGCCUGUUAUCCCAGAGCACUGCCACCCCUAUAGACUGUCUGUUUGAGCACAUCGCCUCUGGUAAUGAGUCAGAGGUGCGACGUCUCCUGAGUGAGAGUGAGAGUGACCAGGAGGUCAGGAUGUGCCACCCUCUCUGCUCCUGUGACCACUGUGACCUCCAGCUCUCUGGGCGACUGAAUGACCCCUCCAUUGUCACUCCGUUCUCCAGGGACGAGCAAGGCUACACUCCUCUCCAUGUGGCUGCUAUCUUUGGUCAGGCCCAGCUGAUCGAUCUGCUGGUGUCAAAGGGAGCAGUGGUCAAUGCCACUGACUACCACGCUCUCACCCCUAUCCACCUGUCUUGUCAGAAAGGCUUCCAGGGCGUUACGCUGCUGCUGCUGCACUACAAAGCCAACACAGAUGCACAGGACAACAGUGGAAACACACCCCUGCACCUCGCCUGCAUGUACGGACACGAGGAUUGCGUGAAGGCACUGGUGUAUUACGACCUUCAGGCGUGCCGUCUGGAUCUCCAAAAUGACAAGGGUGAUACGGCGCUGCACAUCGCUGCACGCUGGGGCUACGAGGGCAUCAUCCAGGUGCUGCUGGAGAAUGGAGCCAGCACCUUGGUCCACAACAAGAACAGAGACACCCCACUGCAGUGUGCACUUAACUCGAAGAUUUUAAUUCUGUUGGAGUCAACCCAAAAUGGUGGUCAUCGCAAAGUGAGCAGUAUUGAUUCUCCCAGCCAUUCACCCCAGGUGUCAAAUGCCAGCAGCAGGCGCUCCUCUGUGUCCAGCACCUCCUCCCUGAACUCUGACGCCAGGACAGAUGGAGACAGAGUCCGCCACAGGGAGGUAGAGAAGCUGCUGCGUGCGGUUGCAGAUGGAGAUGUAGAGAUGGUACGUUACUUGUUGGAGUGGGCGGAGGAGGAGUCAGAGGAAGAGGGAGAUGGUGUGCCCUCUCAAGGCGUGCUGUGUCACCCACUGUGUCAGUGUCCCUCCUGUACCCCCACACAGAAGCUCACCAGCAUGCAGACUAGCGGUCUGGGGGUUAACAGCAACAACUCUGAUGGUUUCACCCCCCUCCACGUGGCAGCCCUGCAUGGCCACGCAGCACUGGUAUCCCUGCUCACCCGACACGGGGCCAACAUCAACGCUCGGAACAGGCAGAACGCCACGCCUCUCCACCUGGCCAGUCAGAACAGCCACGUACAGGUGGUGAGGUCACUGCUGGAAUGUAAUGCCAAGCUCAAUAAGAAGGAUCACUAUGGCAACACAGCCCUGAUUCAUGCCUGUCUCAGAGGACACCUGGAGACAGCCACGACCCUCCUACAGAGUAAUGCCUCUGUGAAUCUGGCCAACCAGCAGGGUAACACAGCACUCCAUGAAGCGGUGAGGGGGGGUCAUCUGGCACUGGUGGAGCUGCUGCUGCAGGGGGGGGCAGCCGUCCACCUGAGGAACAAGAGACAGCGGAACCCGCUGGACUGUGCCUAUGAGCAGGGGGGCAAGAAUGCUGAGAUCUUGAGGGUGCUUCAGAAGGCAUCCGGACUAUCUCCAGAUGCUGAGCCAAUCAAACUCCUCUCUGUGCCCAAAGGAACUGUGGCCCAUUCCUUCGUUCAGCUUCUGAAGCUGCAGGACUCUGUCAAUGGUAGAAGACCGAAGCUGACUCACUCUGUGAACAGGGCCCAGCAGAUCCAGAAGGGCUCCCCCAGUCCACCCACCAUGCGUUCACCGGCUGGCACUCAGGUGAAUGUGGAGAGGAGGCGCCUGAUGCGGGGGGAGACAUUGGAGGUUAGUGGGCCAUUUGGCUCCUCGGGGAGCCCUGAAGUAGGGAGGCCCCUGUCUCGCUCUCACACCGUAGACCCUAAAUACCCACUGUUCUCACAGUGCAGUGCUGGUGAGGGGACACCAGCCCCCGCUGGGUAUUCUCAGUCACACAUCGACACAACCAGCAUGCUCAAUCACAUUUGUACAGACACAUCCAGCCUGCCUGUUAAGCCCUUGGACACACAACCCAAAAAUCAGGACUUGCAUACCCACACCUCCGGAGAGCCCUCCUCCACUGACACCAUGAGUGACAUCAAGUCACAAAGCCACAGCUCCAUUGAGCCCUCCCCCACACACUCCCCAAGCGAUCACUCCUGCUCGUUACAGGACUCAGGCAAAUCCUUGUACAACCACAUCCAGAUUUAUGGCACUCCACCCCAAGGUGAGCAUGAGUAGUCUGACCCAAACAUGUUUGUGGAACCUGGUGAUGUUGCCACCAUUCCAGACGCUCCAGAUGACCCCUCCCACAGAUGACCCCUCUGGGGUUUUCUCAGCCAAAUGACCAGGGUCUGUCGAAACCCAAGGAGAGAUCUACCUUGCACACCCUCUCCAAACCACGUCUCGCACCCCUGCCCCAAUCAUGCUAAUGGAGAUAAUGGACUGAUGGACAGACUGACAGACUCUUAUUCGUCUAGACAGAUUCUGCUUAAUCCGAUCCUUGGGUACCAGUACUGCUGAUUUUCUAUUCUACCAUGUAGUAAAUGACAUCUCCUGUUGUUCAAGUUAUUCCAGGCUCCAAUCAGGGAGGUUUUAUACCUGGAACACCAAGUGAAUGUCAUUAACUGCCUGGUAGAGUAGAAAACCAGCAGUACAGGUGAUACUUCAGGACCUGAUAGAGUAACACUGGCCCUAGAUGGCACGGCAUCAGGGUGGCAGCUUGGCACUCCAGUAGCUCCUCUGAAAGGACUGCUGUUUCUUUCAUUUGAUUUUGAAGCACUUUUACCUUUUAUAGCCUUCACAAAAAAGGGAUGGAAACUAAUGUUUAUUUCAGGUUAAAAAUGAAUAUAAGUGUUGUAGUUUUACUGAAGAUCUUGAUCUGGCUGUCUUCACUCUUAGGUUCUCAUGCCAGACCUCAUUUGAAGUGAAAGCACAUUAUUUUUAAUGCUUUACUUGAAUACUAGCCAUUAGUUCAGAUUUAAUUCUAAAAAUGGGCUUAGAGAGGAUCGUUUGCCCCUCCACCCCACCCCCACCCCCAUCAUGCCAUGUUGCUUAACUUAUUUUAUAAUAGUUUUAUGUUUUAUCUUAUUUAUGACCCCACAAUCAUUCUUGAAGGGAAUGUCUGGUCUGCUCAGAAUUUUACUUUCUUAGUUUUUCUGAACAUUGUGACUACAAUUAUAUGAAACUAUGAGGAAAAUACUGCGGCACCCAGUUACUGUCAAUUAUCAAUAUUACCGUGCACGUUAAUGUCAUAUAGAUACUUAAAAUAUUUCAGAUUUCACCUGUCAUGGAUGCAGCGAUAGUCUUCAAUCAAUAGAAGAAGCUCACUUCUUAAAUUUAGAUCUACUACAUCCUGCCAGUUUUGUAGCCUACAGUAUGUGUUCAUAUUUGUCUGAGGCCUGGCUCAUCUUGGUCUGUUAGUCAGCCAAGAAUAUGCACUUUCGAUAGGCCUGUGUCCCACUCUGUCCAGACUUAGAUGAGUUUCUGUGUGACCCCUUUAAAAAAAAUGUUAACAUUCACCCUCACCAUAGAAGCUUUUCAUUGAGACUCCUGCAAACAAUGUCUUUCAUUCAAAACAUCCCAGUAAAUGUUUAAUGGUCGCCAAGGCCAUUCAGAAGUCUUAAUUAUUUUUACCACGUUUUAUUUUUUGCUUUGGAUGUUAAAAGAUGCAGUGAAUGUGCCUUAUUUAAUUGACGUCAAAAUAACCAAUAAAUAAAUAUGUUAAGAGUAACGUUA